CUUCUCUUCUAUUUUUGUGUGUGAACAGAACACAGCCAUUAACGAGCUGAAGAGACAGGCAUGGGAGGAAGUGGCACGAGGUGUUAAUUCUCUGGGAGAGGGAGAGCUACGCACUGCUGCUGAAGUGAAGCGUCGUUACCUGGACUGGCGUGCGCUGAUGAAGAGAAAACAGCUUCGGGCUGAGCUCUCUCUCUCCUCCUCCUCAUCCUCAUCUGUGGCCCUGAAGACUGAGUAUGAUCAGUCUUCCCCCGAGCAUGAGACGGCUUCUCUGGGAUCUGGGUGUGACCAGCUGCUCAACCUCUCAGGCCUCUCAAAGGAUUGUCACUGCGACUGGCCAGAGCUGGCGGCUCUCGGUGAGCCAAGCGGGCCGGCCAUGAUGGCCCCGCUGGGUGUGAAGAUGGAGGAUGAUGUCAGUGAAUACAGACUGGAUGGUGAUGGUGAUAUGGAACACAGAGAAAUAGAUGAAGAUGAUAUUCCUUCCCUCCUUAGUGACAUUGUGUCACGUGGUGAGGGGCAUGUUGGUGAUGUUUACUCCCACAACGACUUGGGCAUGCUCAGCUCCUCCAAGGCUCCGACGUCCACUACCAACCGAGACGUGCCACUGGCUGGUGGCCUGAUGGGGAUUCCAGCCCAAGCUCUGGGUGGACUUAAUAAUCAUGAAAACAUGGGAGCAGGGUUUCGUGUUGCUGUUGAGAAACAGAGAUUGGAGCUGGAAAAACAGCGCCUGGCAGUGGAAACUGAACGUCUGGCAGUGGAGAAAGAGCGGCUGGGGGUGGAGAAGGAGCGACUUCGUCAAAUGGAGGUAGAGAGGGAACAGCUGCAGCUAGAGAGAGAGAGGUUACAGGUGGAGAGAGAGAGGCUGAGGCUUCUGCUCCUCAGCCAAUCAGAGCGCAUGGACUCCUCAUUUGACCUGCCGCCGCAACAAGGCCAUCCUUCAUUCUCCACAUCUUCUUUAUCCUCCACUCAUGUUGGACAGAGGGAGAGAGAGAAAGAGAGUAAAGGCUGGAUGCCAAUGGUGGAUCUGGAGACCGAAAGGCUAAAACUAGAGAAGGAGAGACUGCAACUGGAAAAAGAGAGGCUGCAGUUUUUCAAAUUUGAGGCAGGCAGACUGCAGAUUGAGAGAGAACGCCUCCAAGUGGAGAAAGAGAGAAUGCAGCUGCAUCAAGGCCACUGAAGACUGAUAAGAGAAAGAGGAAAAGAUGCAUACAUAUAUUUUUCACCAGCAUCAGGGGACCUUUAAUAUUGAAAACAAUCCAGAAUGUGUGGGUUUGCAUCAGCCGUUACUCCCCUUUCAUCUUCUUUCAACAGGAAGCUGUUUGGGACUUGUAAAUUAUUAUUAGUGACUGGAAUGUGGUCACUGAGAUGGAGGUUGAGCAUAUUUAUGACCACCAUGAUAAAGCAGUGCCUUAUGAUGUCUUGAUAAGGGUGACAAGACAGAAAAGGAGCCGUCAUGAUAAAAUCAUUGGCAUAUGCAGCUGGUUGGCCCUAAACAUAUUUCAUUUAUACAAGGUUCAGUACCUUAUUCAAAUACACAAUGCUCAAAAUGUGCAGUUUAAAACAUCAGAUGCUGGGAUAUUUAUAGAACACAUGCAUACUGGACAUUAUCAUUUAUAAUGGUAGAUAUGUAAGGAUGGAAUUGUCAUGUCUUACUCUGCAUUUAUGCACCCAACCAGUGCCAACUUAUCUACUGCAUGUGUGCUUGUCGGUGUAAAUUUGCUUUUAACAUUAAAAAAAGAAUGCACACAAUUACUUGUACAGAGACAUUUUUAUACUAUUUAUGUUUUACAGUCAAGUGCUUGUGUUAAAAUAUUGUUUCUUAUAACUUUCUCCAUUCGUCUAUUUUAAUUUGUCAUAGCAUGAAAAGCAAAGGUAUUACUAAUACCAUUAAAAUGGUCUGUUCUAUUUACAUGUCCCAGUGAACAAUGGCAGUGUGACAUUGAGCAAGCAUGUCAAUUCAGUCAAUCAAUAAUUUAAAUAUUUAUACCUGUGUGUGUCCUAGUGUGACAUGUCAGAAUGUUCCAUCAGGUCUACUAAGAUUUGGUGUUUUCUCCAUUAAGAUGUGUGGACUUGGAAAAGACCUUGAACAUUUGUGAUGAGCAGCUACUGGAAGUUGGGGUAUGCAUGCUAGAAGAUGAAAGUAAAAUAUUCCUUUAAUGGCUAUUUGCUUCAGUUCUGUUUUGCUA